UAGCAGCCUCCCUGUCCCGUUGCGGUGAAUGACAAAGGCUCUUCUCCCACACCUGGCACCACCGUCGCUGCUUCACACGUUCACCGCCACCGCAAAACACGAACACGAGAGUAUUCGUGCAAAAGCGGCGAAGUCGCUUCCGUGAUCGUGUUUUAGCCGCGGAUUGGAAAAGACACGGGCCUAAUAACCCAUUUCGAGAAUCGCCGAUGCGCAGCGCUGUACCUAAGUACUCCACAGCGUGGUGCUUGUGACGCACAAAGCCCGCAAACAACCCUUUGAAGAACCACGCGCUCAACACACCAUCUGGACUGCUCUCUACCCUUAUUGUCGCUCGCUAUACGCGUGCGCAGAUACCGCCCACGAUGCCGUUCAGACCAGAACACUCGCUGUUGAGGGUGGAAGUCCCGGCGCUGCAUACAAUUGAUACUAGUAGUGUGGAGAAUCUCUUUGGAAUGUGGUCACUCUUUUCAAAAGCAUCACAUGCGAUGGAGGACGGCAAGAGGCUGGAGAACUUGAGCUGGCGAUUAUGGAACCGAGAAACAUUCUGUUGCGCGCCCGAGUCGCAAGCGCGCUCCACCCUCUCGCCACGAUGUUCGUUCACGCCCAAGCCGAAAGCAGCAACGACCAACAUUCCAGCAGUGCCGGAACUGUCGACCAGCUUUGACUCGGCAGUGUCAGAUGACCUUAACGACGAAGACAUGUCAUCACUAACCGCCACCACAAUUCCAAAUACACGGCCGAAGCUGCGAAGAGACGACUCUACAAGCAGCACAAGCAGAGGUCGUGAGAAGCAUAUUACGCCCAUUGACCUGGAGAAAAUUGUCAUCUCCAUCAAAGAAACGAAGCAAAUCGAACCGAUCGAGCUGCCGAUCGCGACGCCUUCCAUGAGAUUCACUAACCCACCUUCCACCCAUACACCGCAGAACACUUCAAGCGACCGUCAAUGUACGCAAUCCUCGCAACAGGCCAAUACAUUGCCACAAGUAGAAACAUCACAACCAUCCAUCCUGGAGUCUUCCGCAUCUACCGUCGACACCAAUGAUUCGCAAACAUCGCAGUCUCAAAUUGUAGGCUCCGAGGACAGCUCCAGCACCGAAAUGAGCACUCACAGCGUUGUCCGCGGCUUCGUGCCUGGUGGCGCACCUUCAUCAUACCGCUCACAAACCCAUCUUGCGGCUCAGCCGACGCCGAUACUGAAGACGUCGCCUCAAUACCAGCAAUCGCAACCUCCAAAGAAGAAGGCACCAAUGUUCGUCAUCGGCACCUCAUCCGGCGAUGACGAGAGCUCACUAGAAACACGGUACAAGAGCUCACUCUCCGACGGCUUGAGGCGAAAUGAUGGCAGCGACAGUAGCAAUGGCAGCAGGAAGCAGACGACCUUUAAGGACGAAGUCGCAAUCGGCAGAGCAGCAGAGCACAGCCCUGUAUUCGAGUCGGAUGACGAAGAGGACGAGAUCUCAGAAAGCGCCAUUGAAGAAGAGGAUGACUCGUCAGACUGGGAAGAUUCAGAUGAGCAGAGCGGUCCGUCGUCGGUCAACGAGAAAGAGCUCUUCCAGCGAGUCGACUCCAGACCGAAUCUGACCUCGCGGCGAUCCCUUCUAACGACACUGAUGCACGAGCCUGAUCGCGCGAAAGCGCUACAAAACGCAGCUUCGAGAUCCACUCCUGCGCUACGCCGCUCUCGUACCUCAACACCAAACGGACCUUCAGUUGCCGCCUCGCCAGAGCCAGGCGUGCAACUACCCAUGCCUGGCACAGAGUCACGUCCUCAACCUAUUAUCAUGACUACAUCAAACACACAUACACCACAGCUAGCUCUCUCGCCACGUACAACUCGUCGCAAUAUGCUCUCUACUGAACUGACGGAGUCUCUUCGCAAGAAUCUCCUCUGGGAGCGCCAGCAUCGAAGUACCGGCAAUCUUGCAGCACUCAAGCGUAGACACACCGCCCAGGAUAUGACGAAACUGAAGCAAUUGCCUGAACCAGUGGCUCUAUCGCAAGGCGAGAGAUUGAAGAACCUCAACAACGACUAUUUCCAUGCCGGCCUGCAGGAAUAUCAUGCCAAAGGCUGGUGAACUACGUCAACAUAUUGUUUAUUUCCUGCGUUCUAGCCAUUGAUCUUUGAAGGCGAAUAGACUUCAAGCGACAGCAUACAACCCCUGGAUGGGUUCCAGAAUAGCAUCCUCACGGGACUGGGUAUGGCGCAUGGCUUGACUGGCCAGUUACGGCAUUUCGGGGGCAAAAUUGCAACUUUAAGAUACCAGCAUCGGCACUUUACAGUUUCUACGGCCGCUCACGGCUGCUCGCAACACGCAUGGUUGCGCCGGCAGCCACAAUGUACUACCAACAGCAGUAUCACAACAAGUGAGUGUACUCAUACUGGGCCGCACUAGAGAGACGACCAGCCAUGCGGUUGGUGAUCGAUACUCAGGAGACGGCGCCGCAAUGGAUGAGUAUGUGGCGCCACUAAGCUGCCCUGUUCGCAUAGUAGAUGGUAGCCAAACGAUAAUGCAAAGAAGCAGCGUCGAAAGGCACUGCUCUCUUCUCGCUCACA